GCAGCAGAAUUUCAUGGGCUUUGUGCCGCAGCAGCAGCCGUUUAGCGGAUAUCAGGACCAAUCCGCGCCGUAUUACCCGUACGGGCAAGCUCCAUAUUAUGGCUACAUGGGAAAUGGGCCAAACAUGGCUUAUAUGCCGCCAGGGCAGCAGCAGCAAGGUUUUUACCCAGGAAUGUCCGACUAUAACCAUAUGAAUCCACCAUAUGAUCAGGCCUAUUGGGAUCAGCAGGCCAAUGCCAACUCGAUACCCUAUGGCGGCCACCCAAUGCAGCCACGGCAUGUCUAUGUGAACGGCGCACUCUAUAACGCAGACCUGGUCGAACCCCCCGUGGACUUUGGCCGACCACCGCCAGAAUUCGGGCCAAACAAUUCGUUGUUGGAGACCGAAGACGACUCCUACGAUCCGAUGGACCCUGUGAUGCCGACCAUCUAUGGCAUACGCUUCUAUAAUCCAAACAACGGCCCAGAUGGCGCCAUUCCGCCGCGUGCUCCGAAAAAGAGGAAGUGCAGUCACAACAUGUACAUGAACUCCUGGCAGCCAUCGAAGGCAGCCAACUACUUUGGCCAAGGCAUGCCGUGGUAUAACAACGCCUAUCCACCAGUCCCAUAUAAUAACCUACCCACUGGCGGUAACUUCCCCAACUACACUUACGACAACUCCAACGGCACUGCCAACAACAAUCGCAGCCAGCUGGCGCCGGAGAUGCCGAUGGGGUCAAGUGCUGGAACCAACGCCGGUGGCAGUGCCACCACCAGCGCAACUGGCCAAAACUUCAUUCCCAUUUUGUCGCCGAGCUCGAAGACAAAGCGUCGUCAGGGCCGCAGUCGUCCACGCGGCUACAUCCAAUCGUUCGGCAUUGUUGCCCCACUCAGCCACAACAACAAUGGGACCAAGAAUAGCGCCGGCGAUGCCAAAGCCAAUGUCCCGGCCGCAGCCGAGAAGAAGUCCCCAGCCAAGAAAGUGGAGAACUCUGACGCUAACGAUCUCACUCUGAAGUGGCCUUUGCCCGCGGAGGGCAACAAGCCCGACCAGAAAUCCUAAGCGAAACGCAACUUAACUUUCUUGAAGCCAGGCAAGGGAAAUUGAUCUUCUCGAUCACAUCUCUUUCCAUUCUUUGAGAAUCACUAAGAAUUUAAACAUAAUGUUAAAACUAUGAGUAUUACGAACUAACCAAACAAAAUGAAGUCAAAAAU